CGUCUACCGAUCCUAAUUCUGUCUUACUGCCGUAACUCGCGAGACGUACAAACAAUAACGUUACUCCUAUACCAACUCUCUUACACAUACAUCUAUGUGCUGUCAAGACUAACCCACUCUUAUUCUCUUGCUGUUUCCACCUGCAGUGUUGGAGGUUCAACUUUGUUCUGCUGUCUACUACAUUCGCCACUUACAGCCCUCAACUCUACCUCGCCUCAUAUGCAACCCCUUUUUCCUGUCUAGGAAUCUGCAACGCGCCCCUGAAGAGAGACCAGCAACGCGAUUGCACCAUGGAAGACCCGGGCAGCGACCUACACCACCCUUCUAAUCACUCACCACCAAAAGCAACCCUAGCCGCCACGCCUCGGGCUUCAUCGGAAACAGCCACCACCAGCCCCGUCGACCCAACCGACGAUCUGCUCCUCGCAGCCUGGCGGAUACCCCCUUCCGCCCACGCCCACAUCCUACACACCUCCAUCCUACCAGCCGAACUGCACCCCUUUCUCCCCUCCAAAACAUCAUCAUCAUCAUCGUCAUCAUCCUCGUCGUCUCCGUCCUCCCCCAGUACCAAACCAAUGGCGAUCCUAGUCCUAGGCCAAACAGGCGCAGGCAAGACCCGCCUGGCCCCGCUGCUCCUCCGGGCCAUUUCCUCCCGCCGCUCCUCUCCAACCGGACCGCCACCGCCCCCGCUGCAUCUCAUAGCAGACACCUUCAAGACCUACCACCCCUUUUACACCGCCGCACUCGCCGCCGCACCGCAUCUCGCUUCCCGGCUAGCAAGCCACGACGCAGCGGAGUGGCUGGUCGAGGUCUGUGCCACGGCCGCGAGGGAGAGAGUGCAGAGCGUGUUGGUGGAGACGGCCUGUCGUCGCCAAAAGGGGGCAACAACAACAACAACAACAACAACAAGCCGGGGGGAUUACUCUCAUUUCCAGAGACUGGUGCGGGUAUUUUGCGAGGGAGGCUAUGCCGUGCGGGUCGUGGUGCUGGCCGUGCCUGCGGCGCUGAGCAGGCUGGGGAUUCUGGUGAGGUACUACAAGCGGCUGCCCGAGGCCGGGUCGCGCGGGCUGCCGGUGCGGCUGACGCCCAGGUUGGUGCAUGACCUGAGUUUUGAAGGGUUGGCGGAGGCGGUGCAGUGGCUUGAUCAUCAGCACGAGAAAAGGGAGGUGGCCGUGGAGAGGCUGAUUGUGAUCAGGAGGAAUGGACGAAUUGUGUAUGAUGCGGAUGGGAAGCGGGGUGAUAAUGAUGGACGAGGAGUAUGGAAGCAAAAGAAGGGUGAUGCUGGGGCAUUGCGGGCGUUGGAAGCCGAGAGGACGAGGGCGCUGUCUGCGGAGGAGCGGAAGGCCGCCGAGGAGGAUAUUGAGCUGCUUAAGCGGUUGGGGGAUGCCAGGGUGAUGAUGAAGGAGGUGGACGAGAUUCAGGGGUUGAUAGAUGAGUUGGGCACGACGGAGGAUGCGGCAUUGCACGACAUGGGCCAGUUCAAUGCCGAAGAUUUCGUGUGGGAUGGGGUGAGCUGCUAG